AUGGCGUUGCAUCGGUCCAACAGUAUUUCGUAUUUGUGCGAUAAUUAUCAGAAUUAUCAUUCGCUACAAUUGAAGAAUCAUCUGCGGCGACGACGGGAGAGUCCGGUGGUCGGAAAUAAUGAGGUCAGUGGAAGGGGAAGGUGGACUUAUGAGUGAAAAAAGAGGUUCUGGAAGUAUGAUAGACACAAUGACGUCUCGAUUUGAAGGGGUUUCAUACAAGUGGACGUGACAAAAAAAGGUGUUAUUGAAAACUUUUUCAUCAAACAUCACAAAUAUCAAUUGUAAAAUAUUAAUCAUACGGUACACACAUCUACAGAACUGCGAAGCCAAAACUUUUUAUUUUUGAUUGUCUUAUUAGUCAUCUUUCCUCAUCCACAAAAUCUUUUAGGGAUCCCCGUUGCCCUCGAGUUGGAUCGAACAGACAUUCAAGAAAUACGAGUGCAUAAAGUACAUUCCAGACCCGUUAUCAGACCGGUAAGACAACCCAUAAAGAGUCUUAGGCGGUAUUAAAGAUGUGGCUGCGGGAGAUUAAGUUCCCAUCACACUCAGCUGGCCUUGAGCAGAUUCACUCUUUCGAUGGUAAAACCUGUCCAUCCAGGGAAACAGAAGUGGAAGAUUAAGGAACACACUCUUGCACAGCCCACGGAUGCCUACGGCACCAUCGAAUUUCAGGUGAGUUGUGCAUAACCAACGAAGAUUAUGCAAUACUGGAUAGUUGAUAGUAAAAUUACCGAUGUGGAGGGUGCCUCUUCUAAUCUUUGUUUAUUAGGGGGGCAUGCAUCCCCAUAAAGCCCAAUAUGUUCGAUUAUCGUUCGAUUCCAACCCGGCGGACGUGUUCCAUCUCAUGGAAAAGGUCUGGAAACUCAAGCGACCCAGGCUGGUGAUCACAAUUCACGGGGGAUCCGCCAAUUUCGAGUGAGUCAACGGCCGUAAUUCGCGCUGAGAAAGCUUCUCAUUUCAUCACAUUUAAAUUACAGUAUGCCGGACAGACUUGGCCAACUCUUCCGUGAAGGUCUCCUGAAGGCGGCCGAGACCACGGGAGCUUGGAUAAUCACCUCAGGCAUGGAUCGAGGAGUGGUCCGGCAUGUGGCCAAGGCCCUGGACGAGGCCGGGAUCUCUGCCAGAAUGAGGUCGCGCCUGGUUACCAUUGGAAUCGCGCCCUGGGGCGUGUUACGGAAGCGGGAAAUGUUCACGGGAAAAGACGCUCAUGUACAGUAUGACCGAUUAUGUUUAUUCAAGUCGAAGGGAAAGUACUCGGCCUUGAACGACAGGCACACUUACUUCCUAUUGGCUGAUAAUGGGACUGUGGGACGAGCGGGGGCAGACAUCUUCUUGAGGAAACGACUGGAAGAAUAUUUGGCAAAAAAUGGGACUUUUGGGACAAUCAGAGCAAGGAAAAUCCCCAUUCUUUGUGUGGCAUUGGAAGGGGGAAUCAAUACCCUUAACAGUAUCCAUCAAUAUCUCACAAGGUAACGCCUAGAAUUUUUAAUUUUUUUUGUUAAGUCUACCGUAAUACUUAUACAAUCUGAUAAAAAGUUACAGUAAUCCCCCGAUCCCAACGAUUAUUUGUGAGGGAAGUGGAAGAAUCUCGAAUCUCUUGGCCUUUACUUAUAGCAAUAUCAAGGAUGAUGGGUAAGUAAAAACAUAAAAACUGGUUAUAUUAAUAGUAAUCUGUCCUUAGAGUGUCAAGAAAAGUUAUUGGAAGGGGUCAAAGAGUUAAUCGGAGAUGACAACAAAAUAGUCGAGGAAGUCAGGGAGAAGAUUCUGAGUUGUGCGAGAUUGAAAGGCCUGGUAUGUUUGUAUAUUACACAUAACAAUCUCGUAUUUGAAUUUUAUUUUUAUAGAUCACAGUCUUUCGGAUGAACGAAAAUGAUCACAUGGAUGCAGACCAAACAAUCCUGAAAGCUCUCCUUAAAGGACAAAACCUCUGCCCAGCUGAACAAGUACUUUUUACCUAGUGCAAUAUAACUUUAAUCAAUUUAAUCAUCAUUUUUAUAUUGUUUUAGCUAUCCUUGACCCUGGUAUGGAAUCGUGUAGACAUUGCUCGCUCAGAAGUCUUCACUGAAGAUCAGGAUUGGCAGAUAAAACAUUUGCAUAACGUCCUGAUGGAUGCUCUUAUAUUAAAUCGGGUCGAAUUUGUAAAAUUACUUUUGGAAAAGGGAGUUUCGAUCAAGAAAUUUCUGAACAUUGACACGCUAGAGCAACUUUAUAACUCGGUAGGUGAUUUAAAAAGCGAUAUAACCCCAUUUCUUAUAUUAAUUUACCAAACUUUAGGACCCAACAGCUCUGAACACUCUGAGCCAUUUGAUUGACGACAAUUCGACCUCUGGAUCGGAUAAAAUAGCCAUCCCUGACAUCGCGGAUAUCAUCGAGAAGUUGAUGGGCAACGCUUUUCGUUGCCAUUACAGUACCCGGGCCUUUAAACAACUCUACGAACGAUGCCGAGGGAGGAAACACAUGAGCAAGAUCGAGAGUUUGCACUUCAAAUUAAUGCCCAGCAAAUCGAUGGACAGUCUUUUGGUAAGUUUACAUUCAGUUAGAGAAGUGUGUAUUUUAUGUAUUCUUUACUUUUUUUUUAAGUAGUACUGUUAAAAAGUAAUUAUUGGAAUUUUUUUAAAAUUUUUGAUUUACCAGUUUUCGAUGGUGCUGAUUUCGAAAGUAACACUAAUUUUUUAUUUUUUACUUAAUUACAUCUUAAAAUUACUUUGUAUCACAAAAAUGUAAAGUUCGGAAAAUUUUACUUUCGAAACCGCGCCAUCGAAAACUUCCAAAAAUUACGUUUUAACAGUACUGCUUUAAAAAAAAAGUAAAGAAUACAUAAAAUACACACUUUUUACAAAGGUAACGGGGUGUUGAGGAUAACUGCAAGGAUUCAGAAAUCUGCUCAUAAUUUACCGUAAACAAAGUCAAAUUUUUAAAUUAUUUUAGACUGAACUUUCUGCAAAACGCUACCUCUUAAUAAAAAGUUAAAAUUUUGCUCAUGAAGGGUUGAAAAAAAAAUUUUAAAUAAAUUAAUGUUAAUCUAGGCCCCUCAACGCAAGGACGAGCAGCAAUCCGAGGCCGAGGAUCACUUCGAGCAUCCCUUCAACGACCUUUUUCUCUGGGCCGUCCUCACCCGAAGACAUGAAAUGGCCAGAUGCCUCUGGUUAUACGGAGAACAUGGGAUGGCCAAGGCUCUGAUGGCCAUACGACUCUACAAAACAAUGAGUAGAGAAGUCGCCUGUGAUUAUACAGAAGUAGAAGCGAGCAACCAACUCAGAGAAUUCGCAGAGUGAGUUUUGGGAUUUUUGGAUCCGGGAUGCUUUUGAUCGUACAAAACGUCGCCAAUUACAGUGAUUUCAAAGACUGCUCAUUGGAAUUGUUGAACCAUUGUCAUGAACAGGAUGAUGUGAAGACAAUGAGAUUGUUGACGGCCGAAUUGCCUUCUUGGGGACAUCAUACGUGCUUGUCUUUGGCCGUGAUGGCCAAUAAUAAGAGAUUCUUGGCACAUCCAUGGUGAGAUAAAAAUUUAUUGCUUACGGUAUCUGUAGUUGCUGUAGACCUAAUUUCAAAAUGAGAUUUGAUCAAAUUCUGAGAUUUCUGACCUUUUUUAGCUGUCAAAUCCUUCUUGCGGACCUCUGGCACGGUGGUCUUCGUUUCCGAAGGUAUAAAAAAUGUCCCCAGGCGAUUUAAAUAUUUAGAUUUUCAGUCAGUCCAAUAUCAAGGUCAUAGUGGCCGUGGUUUUCCCUCCAGCCAUCUUACUACUCGAUUUUAAAACCCCGGAGCAAAAGAAAAAUCAGAGGAAAAACUCAUUGAUCACAACCGAAGAGGAAUUGAACGAUUAUAAACAUGACAGUAAGACCUCGUUACAUAACCUGCAUAAGGGAUCGGUGAGUCAAAUUGUGGAUAUUGGAUGCUUUAGUGGUACAACAAAUUCCGAAAGAACUCCUCGAACGGACAUGGACGGACUCAGAGUAAACGGGGAUCAAAUGACAUCAUCCUUAAUGAAAACACAAAUUUCUUGGCAAAUCGGGAAACACGGGCGCUCACGGUAAUCGAGGAGAACAGAAAGGACUCUGUUUUUAUACGGAGGGAAAGAGUAAGUUAGUGCUGUAAAUGAGAAGUUGAAUACGUUUCAUGUUUUCUGUUACACUAACAACAGUUGGAGGAAAUAAAUUAGACGAUUUCAAUCCUUGUUCUAGUACAAAAAAUAAGUUGCAGAGUCUUCGAAGGACCUUAUCCUCGGCUUGGUCAAAGUUUGAGUUGUUUUAUGGUGCUCCGAUCACCUCCUUUUGGAUAUGGACCUUGUCUUUUUGCCUUUUCCUUCUCACCUUCUGCUAUGUUUUGUUGAUUGAAUUCGCCGCCAAGGUGACUUAUACGGAAUGGGGACUCUUUGCUUAUGUUGUUGGGCUGACCAUGGAGCACUUUCGCAAGGUAAUUGACAUUAUAAUUUAUAUAGUUAUAUUCAUCAUGAUGAAAAUAAUUUUAAUACAUGGCUAUAAGUAAUGUUUUAAUAUAGUCAGCCCAUUCCAGCUGUUGGUCCUCGAAUCUUCCAACCUCAUCGAGAAAGUGAAGGUGUUCUACACUCGGUAUUGGAACAUCUUGACCACCAUUGGAGUCAUCACUUUCAUGAUCGGCUUCUAUUUCCGAUUCGACGCCGAUCGAAUCCACACUUUAUCCCGAGUGAUUUUGGCCUCGAAUUCGGUGAUCUGGCACAUGAAACUGUUUGACUUUCUGAGCGUCCAUCCCCGUCUCGGCCCUUACAUUACGAUGGCGGGGAAGAUGGUUCUGGCCAUGAGUUAUAUAAUCAUCAUGCUCCUGGUGACCUUGAUGGCCUUCGGAGUGGCCAGACAGUCCAUCACGUUCCCUCACGAGAAAUGGGGCUGGAUUUUGGUGAGGAACAUCUUCUACAAGCCCUACUUUAUGCUUUAUGGAGAGGUGUAUGCGGGGGAAAUUGACACUUGUGGAGAUGAGGGGACCAACUGUGUCCCCGGAGGAUGGAUACCCCCGGUUUUGAUGACAAUCUUUCUGCUUGUCGCCAAUAUAUUGCUUAUCAAUAUGCUGAUCGCUAUCUUUAAGUGAGGAAAAAUUUUAAAUUACGCUUGAUCUCAAAUAUUUUAAAAUUAAUUUUUGUUACAGUAAUAUCUUCAAUGUGACAAAUGCCAUGUCUCAGCAGGUUUGGAUGUUCCAGAGAUACCAACAAGUCCUGGAAUACGAGAGCACCCCGAUCAUUCCGCCUCCAUUCACUCCAUUUGUACAUAUCUGGUUGUUAUGUAAAUAUGUAAAGAGGAAGAUCUGCGGAACAAAGGCUACUUAUCAAGCGUAUAAUAACAACGCCGAGUUCUCUAUUAGUAAGUGUUUUGUGUUAUUUGAAUCAUCAAAAUUUUUGACAAAAAAGUUUUUAAUUCGAAAAAUUUUGAAAAAAUAAAGAAUUGUAGUUUUCAGAAGUUUACUUCGACGAGGCAGACCUCAAACACCUCCACGACUUCGAGGAGGACUGUUUGGACGAUCUGUCCAGAAGGAAAUUCAAUUGCGCACUGCUCUCACAUAAGCAUCUUCAAAGUUCUCUGGAGUUGUCGAACAAGUUGAACGAGUUGAGUGAAGAGAAUGUGGUCCUCAAAACAAAGAUGGAGAAGCUCAGCAGGAAUCUGGAGCAUAUUGUCAACUAUCAAAACAAACUGUUGAAGGUGAUCGAGGGGGAUAAAUCCGAAGACAAAGGGAUCAUCGUGCGUCAUGGUAAGUAUUUCUUGCAAUGAUUUUUACAGUCAGUAAUUUACUUUUUUAAUUUAAUUUUUUCGAUUUUUUUUAAAUUACGUCAAGUUGCGGUCGUCACUGAAAUUUGACGUCAUUUUGGCUGAAUUUAGUUGACCACUUAAGAAGCCUAAUUUAAAUGUAUUAUUGCAUGGUAACAGAAAGCCCCAUGUACAGGGUGUCCAGAGAAAUUCCGCGGAAAGUGUUUGCCGAUUUCUCGGCGCUUAGGCAAGACAUCCAAAAAAUUCUUUUUGCAUUAGAAAGAAGACUAUGGGCGGUUUUUUGUCUAAAAAAGUUUUUUUGUCCGCCGACGCGGAACAUACUGUAUUCGGCGGAGACUUUUGGUAGCUUUUUUGGUCAUCACACCACUCUUAAAAGCUUCAGUACGAUUUCUGAGGGUUAAAAAGAGAAUGUUAUCUUAUUUUUAUGUUUACCAAACGUUCGGCAAUGGAAUGGCGAGCUUUCCGUAUUGGCGGAGGCCACAACUCAGCUUUGGAUAGGAGAUGUCCCAAACAUUAUGUGGCUAGCAUUCUUUGCUGAUCCCAUAUGCUCUCCAAAAUUUCGUCGCCAAGCCGUGGCAGCAUCUUAGCCAUCAGUAAACGACUUGGUGUACCAGAAAACAACAAAAUAUUUUUUGAUUGAACUUCUUUUUGCCCCACUGUUUCAAACCUCCGCACGAUGCGGUCGGACUUUAUCGCCGUUGACGCAACUACACAAUGCGGUGCAGUCGCUAAAUGCAAUUGCAUAGCGUUGUCGUCGGUCCCCUGAUCCUCUGUGGAAAAAAACUGAAGGCUUCCCGAUAGUUUCAGGAUCAUAGUAAAGCUUUUAAGAUUGGUGUGAUGACCAAAAAAGCUACCAAAAGUCUCCGCCGAAUACAGUAUGUUCCGCGUCGGCGGACAAAAAAACUUUUUUAGAAAAAAAAACCGCCCAUAGUCUUCUUUCUAAUGAAAAAAGAAUUUUUUGGAUAUCUUGCCUAAGCGCCGAGAAAUCGGCAAACACUUUCCGCGGAAUUUCUCUGGACACCCUGUAUAAUGUGAGAUGAACUUUUCAGAGAGAACAUCGCAAAAACGCCGUCCCAAAGCCGAGAUUCCACCGUUGGCCCAAGUACAAGGAGAACGUCUCCAAAAUCCUCCAAAUAUUUCCCUUCCGGCGCAAUUGAUGAGAGCUCGGAAUUCGGUCUCCUUAUCCGAGGAUCUAGAUCAAAUGGAAGAGCUGAGUGGCCAAAUUGGCGGCAAUCCCUCCACUUCUCUCACUCCCACGGCACCUAAUGUCAUUACAACAAGGUCGAGUAGUUGCUCCUCAACCUCGUCCGUUGGAUCCAAUUUCUUUUGA